AUGGAAUUGAUUAAGAAUAUUUUUGAUUGUUUAAUAUCUUUUUUUGGAGCUGCGUACAGAUUAUAUUUAUUUUCUUAUAGUCAACAUAGAAUGGGUUUUUAUAGUUCGUUUGGUUAUUAUAGAGGUAGUUACAUAAUAGUAUUAAUAUUUGAGUUAUCUAUGAUGUAUAUGAUUAUUAGUCCUAAUACAAUUAGAAUUUUAUUAGGAUGA